AUGUCUAAAAUAGAUGAACUCGAAAUAGAUGAAUUUGAAAUGGAUGAAUCUGAAAUAACUAAAAUUGAAGAUAUAUUAAUUGAUGAAGGUAUUGAAAUGAUAAUUCAUGAAUUUCGUGAUAGUGAUGAUGAAACAGAUGAAGAUGAAGAAUUAUCACUAUCUUUUCCAAUAACUAUAACGGAAGCAAUAGAUGCACUAAAAAAAGUUAUAAGCUAUCAAGAAAAUGAACAAUAUGAAAAAGAAAAUUAUAAAAUAAAUGAUAUACAAAGUGAUCAAAUCAAUAACAGUAACCAGAGUGACACUGAACGCUCAAUUGAAUGGAAUCAAGAAAUAGAAAAUAUAAUAUUUGAUAAUACAAAUUGUAUGUCAUUAGAUAUGAAAAAUGAUCCAAUAAACAUCUAUAACUUCUCUAAUACAAAUUCAAACAAUAAACAAUUACAAUAUAUGUAA